AUGGCAGAAUACGUCCGCGACAAGUCCCAAAAUAUAGCUACAAGCAUGUUCGUUCUUUCCAUCACCGCUAUAAAGUUGAGGGAAGUUUCCCUUGUCAUAAGCGACAUUCCCGAGCCUGCCUCUCCCUCUUCCCACUUGACUUCACUGCGACAUAUGGCGCGGUUCAUCGAGAGAGCAUCCGCGGCCGCUGAGGCAUUCACUCGGGCGUGUCGCAAUCUCCUUCGAACAGACACGUCAGACGUGCCUUCUGUAACCGCUGAUAGAUUUGAAAGUCAAAUGGAACGAGGGAUAGGCACACAUAAUGGUGCAACUGCCGGAAACCCGACCGUCUACUCUGCCUCGCUGGGCACUGAUUCGACGGCGAGUACCAGAGUAGCACCCCCGCGAGGCAUCCACAUCACAUCCUAUUACCUUCGCCGCAUUACGCGUCCUUUGUGGCUCACCGCCUCUGCCUCUAUCGCCUCUUUCGUCGGCUACCAGCAAGGUGCCCAUCCACCUUACCUCGAAUGGCGUAGUGGUAGUCCACCCCCAGUGAACCACCAGGGCACGUCCCACAACAGCACCUCCUGGGUACACCUUUACUCCAUGCUCGAACGAAUCCGCCAACAAGUCCGGGCCCAGAUCCCGAUGCUGGGCGUCCCAGCGUUCGUCACCACUGUCCCCGAAAGGCUUUUCACCUUCGAAGACUCCGGCGAAGACAACGAACGACCAAGGCGGCUGGGAUGGCUGACGGGCAAUUGGAGGGCAGGCUGGAUCGCCGUCGGCUCGGCUGUGUUCCUCAGCCUGUUCGUUGUCCUGGGUCUCGAAAUCAACGGCAGAAUGAAGGCUAUGGUGGCCGAACAUGGAGGCAAGUAG